AUGUCUGGGUCUUCCGCUCUGGACGAGGUCGACUACGACCCAAUGGAGCAUUUGAAUAUGCUGUUCUCCCAUCCGUCGACGGUAUCAUCGAUAAGUCAAGUCUCACAAAGCCUAAAAGCACAUCAAAAUGUGCUAUCGAGCGAAAUCAAUAGCCUCGAACUCGAGCAAGCCUACAAGCCAGACUCUAGCCUGGAGAGGAUGCAAUCCGCACAGACAGAGCUGGCGCAGCUCUUUCGAAAAAUCGAGACUGUACGAUCGCGGGCGAUUGAGACGGAACAAAACAUUACGUCAAUGACGGCGGAAAUCAAGCGGCUGGAUGGCACGAAGCGCAACCUGACGCUUAGCAUGACGGCUCUGAAGCGUUUGCAGAUGCUCACGACUGCGUACGAACAAUUGCGGGGUCUGGCCAAGACACGGCAGUAUCGAGAGUGCGCGGGCCUUUUGCAGGCUGUGAUUCAGCUGAUGAAGCACUUCAACAGUUACAGAAGCAUAGAGCAAAUCGCGACGCUGAGUAGGGAAGUCUCGGAGCUUCAGAGGGAGCUACUCGAGCAGGUUUGUGAAGACUUUGAGAUGGCUUUUGCCAAGGGAGAGGUGACGACGAAACGAAACAUGCUUGUUGAAGCAUGUUUGGUCAUGGAUGCGUUGGGAGACUCAGCCAAGUCGAGAAUCAUUACUUGGUAUGUCAACACGGAGCUGAGGGAGUAUCGACAAGUAUUCCGGGGCAAUGACGAGGCUGGGAGCUUGGAUAACAUUGGACGGAGAUACGCGUGGUUCAAGCGUAUGAUGAAGUCGCACGACGAUGAGCGCUCUACCAUCUUCCCGUCCCAUUGGCAUGUGGGUGAGUUGCUAGCCACGGCAUAUUGUGACGGCACGCGAGAUGACUUCAAGGGGAUUCUGGAGAGGAGCAUGCGCCGUGGAGAUGGAAACAAACUUGAUGUCAAUUUGCUGUUGAGCUGUUUGCAAGAGACGCUGGACUUUGAGCAGAGUCUUGAGAAGAGGUUCUCAGACGCACCGAGGGCUAGUAUUGACACCCUGAGUUCGGCAGAGGAGAAGACGCACACAUUUAAUGGGCUCAUCUCGGUUGCUUUUGAGCCGUACCUGAGUUUAUGGGUUGACUCGCAGGACAGGCAGCUGUCCUCCAUGAUACCAAAGUAUCGCAGUCAGCCACUUAUCCCUCAGGACGAGGAGUUCUCACCGCAAGCCGUAAUGCGGUCCGCUAUUGAGCUCUUCCACUUUUACAAGCUCACAUUAUCUCAAUGUGCAAAGCUAUCUACCAGUGACAGACUAUUAGAUCUGUCCAAGGUCUUUUCCAAGUAUCUCGACGAGUACGCACAGCAAGUUCUUUUGCAUAUUCUUCAAGCUGGGGGACCUCAAGGUCCAUCAGUACAGGACGUCAUCUUGGUGCUCAACACGGCGGACUUUUGGCACAUUAAUACGAACCAACUGGAAGAAAGUAUCAAGAAGCGCAUUGACAACGAGCUCGUUUCAAAGGUGGACCUCUCGUCUCAGUCGGACGCCUUCUUGGGUGUAGCAAGUGCUGCCGUACUGGCGCUGGUACAUCUCGUCGAGUUGGAAUGUGAGAGUAUCUGGCGCGAGAUGAAGAACACAAACUGGAGUACCAUGGACAGUGCCGGUGACCAGAGCACAUAUGUCGGCGAGUUGGUGAAGCAUGUCAACUCCAAGACAGAGGAAGUGCUGGGCAUAGUGGGCAAGCAACAAUAUGCAAGGGCGUUUUGUGACAACUUAGUUGAGCACUUGGCCACCUCCUAUGUCAACAACAUUGUCCAAUGCCGGCCAAUUUCAGAGGUUGGCGCACAACAGAUGCUCGUGGACAAAUACGCUCUUACCAAAUCUUUCGGCAACCUGCUCUCCUACCACAAUCCUUCUUCAUCAGCCAACCAGGCACCUCCUUCUAGCUUCGUCCGUCGCGUAGAACAUUCCAUGAACCGCAUGGACCCUCUUCUGAAAACGCUCCAAGUCCGCUCUUCACCACCCGAGGGCCUCGUUCAAGCUUACCUCAUUCACAUUGGCGACCGCUCCGACACCAACUUCAAAAAGAUUCUCGAACUAAAGGGCAUUCGCAAACUAGACCAGUCUCAUCUCAUUGAACUAUUUGGCAUCCACCGCGAUGGCAGCUCCAAUGAGAAACUUGUUCAAAACUCGCCAUUACUUACUCCCCUCAUGACAAGUGCAAGCGCAAGCGCAAGCGCAAGCAGCGGUAUAAGUGGUAUGAAUCCCAGUGCGGCAUUGACGGCCGCUUCUGGUGCGAGGUUUGAUGCCGGGUUUUUGGGAGAGAAGCUGCUUAGUGCGGCGAGGGAUAUCGGCAACACGACGCAGGGUGCGGAGAAGGCUACUAUUAAUGAGAACUUGAGGAAUUUUGGAAAGUUCUUCAAGAGGGAUAUUGGGGGGUUGGGUGUGAGGUUUGGGAAGGGAAGUGCUGAGGAUGGGGGGAGGUAG